AUGGGUGCCCAACAAGAGCCAUUCCGACUCAAGGUUUUCAAGGCACCUGGGCAAUUUUUGACAGAUGCUUUGCGACUUGUUUGUUUGGUUUUUCUGCGGUAUUGCAUGGUAUUGCUUAGCCUGGUCUUCGUCAUCAACACGUCCACGGGAGCUUUUGCAGUUGGAUCCAUCGGAACUCAGCUCCAGUCCUCCAUUGGCAUUGGAAUUGAAACUUACAUGAUCGGAAAGAUGGAACCCUUGCGGAUCUAUUUGCAGCAAGGCAUUCUCAUGUUUGAGGAGUUUGGGUGGAACUUGAGCCAGUGGAGCGAUUUGCAAAAGACUCUCCCAUACCAGCGAUCCUUUCUUGAGACCUACUUCGAUGAAUCCAGGUGCUGCUCAGGGAUAUUUACCAAUCUCAGGUAUGAUGACGUUCUCCUUUGCCACGCCAUGGAGAAUCCGGAUUGCACGGGAACCAACACGAACUCGAUGGAUGGAGAGCUUGGAAGCAUGGACUUGGGGGGCGACAGCAUUUGGGCGGGCGUGCUCCAGUAUUCAGACACCUACACCACGGGGCAAUACCCCGGACUCGAUGAGGACAGUUUCGGGCAUUGGGUGCAACCCAUUGGCUUCGUUCAUUGGCCGAUUCAAGAUGGAUAUUGGUACAGAGACAUUCGCAAGUACAACUUGUCCAAGGGCGAAGUCCGCUUUGCCACUCGAGUUUUCCCUUGGACUUUGUAUCCUCCAGCAGUUCUGAAGUCUCACAUGUUCACCCCAAUCUAUAGCCCCGGCGGUGAAUUGAUUGGUGGUUGGGUGGUAGGUUUCAAGCUACAUUGGAUCACUGCCUACUUGCAAGAACUGAAGAAGCCGGCAGGGACCUUCAUCUUUCUGGUCGAGCGCAAGACUGGGGUGCUGAUUUCCACGUCCGAACCGGAGAUUCGGGUCUUGAAGAACUACCACACAAAUGCCAGUUACUCGGAUGUGAUCAUUGCUACCGAGUCUCCCGACCCAAGAGUCUCCGAACGGGCCAAGCAAUUGGUACAAAUGGCCGGUGCUUCUGCGCGGGAUUGGAGCAACGUCAGGAACUUGUUUGGCAGGCCGGAGAUUAAAACAACCGGCUUGGAGCCUGCCGAAGAGUUCCUUCUUUCUCGCGACUUUGAGUUCUUCGGCCUUGAUUGGGUGAUUGUCAUCAGCAUUCCUGGUGAGACGGUCUUGGCAGAUAUCACUGCGAACAUGUUCACCCGCCUUUUCUCCAUCCUGGGAGCUACUGGCGGCAUGAAACUGGCUUCCUCAGUGCUGCUGGCCAUCUUGAUCGCCCUUUGUGGAAAGUGUUGUUAUGGCGCUGCGCAAGUGGCAGAUGAUGGUGGAGAAUCCUUCGGCACGAUUCAGCCCCCAGACAUGGAACCUGACGGGAUUCUUCCGGAUGCCUAA